AUGGCCUCGGGCCAACCCUUCGCGUCGCGCUCCUACGCCGGCACAAAACUCCCCGAACGCUCCAACGCGAUGCCCUUCAGCGCCUCAUCAUUCUCACGGCAUCGCGGGCUAGGAAAUGCCGCCCAAGGUGAAUUCAACGGCCCCGAAGGUCAAAAGCAGAUGCAGCAGUCUGCACCUGUGCCAGCAACAAACGCACAGUCCCAUGGCCCCGCGCAGGACGCGAAUCCGCUGAACCGUCUCACGGAAGAGCAGAGGGAAGAGAUCAACGAAGCUUUCACCCUCUUCGACCUCGAUCGCGACCGCCAUCUGGACUACCACGAACUCCGCGUCGCCUUCCGCGCCCUCGGCUUCACCCUCAGCAAACAAGAGCUCAUCUCCCUUCUAACAACCUACGGCGUCCCCCGUCCUCAGGUCCAACAACAACAGGGAGGCCCAGCUCAACCUAACGCCUCUAACAAAGGCCCCGUCUCGAACCCCCAGCACCCAUCCAACCUGCUAAUACCGCUCUCAUCCUUCCAGGCGGUCACGGCGCUGAAGAUACUCGAACGCGACCCGCGCGACGAGAUCCUGCGCGCGUUCGAGCUGUUCGAUGAGGGCGGGAAGGGGUUUAUUGAUCUGGAGGAUUUGAGGAGGGUUGCCAGGGAGUUGGGGGAGACGGGGCUGGAGGAGGAGGAGCUUAGAGCUAUGAUUGAGGAGUUUGAUCUUGAGGGUGUUGGUGGUGUUACGAGGGAGGCUUUUGUGGGUAUUUGUUGGCAGUAG